CGACGGGGCGGGUGGGCUGGAGGGAGGCGGCGGCGGUUCGCUGUGUCACGCCGCGGCCUGAGGGAACGGCGGAGCGCGGCCGGCCAUGGAGUACCUCAUCGGCAUCCAGGGCCCCGACUACGUCCUGGUGGCCGCCGACACGGUGGCGGCCUCCAGCAUCGUCCAGAUGAAGCACGACCAUGACAAAAUGUUUAAAAUGAGUGAAAAGAUCUUACUGCUGUGUGUUGGGGAGGCUGGAGACACUGUACAGUUUGCAGAAUACAUCCAGAAAAAUGUUCAGCUCUACAAAAUGAGAAAUGGUUAUGAAUUGUCUCCUACUGCAGCUGCAAACUUUACACGACGAAACCUAGCUGACUAUCUUCGGAGUCGAACCCCUUACCACGUCAACCUUCUCCUGGCUGGCUACGAUGACCAUGAAGGUCCUGCCCUUUAUUACAUGGAUUACCUCGCAGCUCUGGCUAAAGCUCCUUUUGCAGCACACGGAUAUGGUGCAUUCCUUACCCUCAGCAUCCUUGACCGCUAUUACAAGCCAAGUAUCACACGUGAGGAAGCUGUGGAGCUCCUAAAAAAAUGUCUAGAGGAGCUUCAGAAACGCUUCAUCCUAAAUCUGACUUCUUUCAAUGCCCGGUUCAUUGACAAAGAUGGCAUCCAUGAAGUGGACAAUAUACUCCUUUCCAAAGCGAUGUCCUAACCCCUGAGAUCUUUCUUCGGCAGUCGUCUGUCUUGUUCACUUUUGGUUUUUCUAUUCGUUUGAAGCUCACAAGUCAUGUACUGUACUGGGAGAUCGAAUAAAAAUUGACAUUUAUAUAGCCA